GUGUACCAACUGACAAGGAUCACAAUAUUUCGUCAAAUUGUUGUAAAUUCACAUGGAGAAUGUUUAGCCAGCGAAGUACAUUCUCUUUACACUCCCUGGCCAAAGUCUGAAGAAUUUUCGAAAUGUUCUCAUUGUUUAAACACUUAUUUCACAAUGUCUUCUUCUCGGCAUAUUUACUAUGUCGCUCGUGAAAUGUUUCCCGCCUGUCUUUUGGCAGGUGUUGGAAUGGUAGUUGCGGGAUGUUAUAUUGAUAUGCUGAAGUCCUCCGGCACUUUAACUUCGAAAGAGGAAAGUAUUUUUGAGAUCAUUCCACCAAUUCUUGGACUGAAAGGAAAUUUAGAAGUUGCUCUUUCCUCUCGAUUAGCUACUGUGGUUCAUUUUCGAAGAAAGUUUAACGAACUAUCUUUCUGGUUGUUCACAACUACUCUGGCUUUUAUACUUGUUCUUGCUGUGUUUGCAAGCACAAUUAUACCUUUAGUGGUAAUAACGUUACAUAAACCAUCGGGUACAUCUCAUUUCCCUGUUGAUCUUGUUCAUCUUAUCUGCAUUUCAUCAAUGACUUGCAUUUGUGCCACGUGUUUUAUAGGCAAGUGUUCAAUUUCUAUUGCUCAAAAUUUUUGAAGGCGUUGUUGUUUACGCAAUAGUAUGUGUUUGCGUCUUUUGCGGAGCGAAUCCUGAUAAUGUUGCUCCACCCGCAGCCGCUUUGGGUGAUCUUGUGACUGUUUUGAUUAUUUCACAUGUGAACUAUUACUUUAUCGUGCAUCCAACUUUGACUGUCACCGUUGCCGUGUGCAUGAUUUCUGUGGUUCUUAUUUUGAGUAUAUCUUAUUUGUUAUACUAUUCAAAUGUCAACGUAUCUGGUGAUCUUCUCAGUCUUAUUAUUGCACCUAAUACUUUUAAAGAAACUGUCAUUCCUUUAACUCUUGCAAUUAUCAUGAGUAGCAUAUGUGGGAAUAUAUCCGCCCGAUUUCUGAUAGAUUGGCCCAUUAUUGCGCGCCUUCAAGUCCCAAUAAAUGGUGUGGGGGGGAUUUUUGGUUCAAUGUUAAUUAGCAGAAUGACAACACGCCUGCAUUCAAUAACUUGUUCAAAAAAGCCUCCUCUGAAGGAGUCGUUCAUUGUUUCUCCAACAUCUGGUCUAGUCACAGUUGAAAAAGUCAACACUGUGAACUCUGAUAGAAAAUCUACAACUCAUAAUUCACAUUUCUACACAUCAUCUCAGUCAUUCGAAACAUUGGGAUCCUGUAGAAAAGUACUUGAAAUUCAUACUGAUGUUUCACGGGUAUCUAAACUUAUCAGAUUCCUGUGUGUCCCGUUACAUUUUACCUUAACUUUAGUCAGUUUAACUGUCAGUUAUUAUUUAAAACAGGAUAAUUCUCCAAAGAUCACAUCACCUCUGCAGUUUGACAUUUUAUUUCCUUACCUCAUCGCUGGAUUCAUACAGAUAUGCAUACUUCUCGAGUUUGCGAAAUGGAUUGUUUUCAAACUUUGGAAAUAUUUACAUUCUACAAAACAUUUAAACUCUCAUGAUAAUGUUAUAUCCUUAGCAUCAAUUGAUUUCUCCGCUAUAGCUGUCACUACCGGUGCAGGUGAUCUGAUUGGAACAAGUUUAUUCAUUCUAUUUCUAUCUAUUAGUAAAUGGAUUAUAAGCGGUUGAUUUUCUUUUCGUUUUUUUUUGUGUGAUCAUUCUGUACAAUUAGUUCUUUGAUGCUUAUAUUUCGUUCUUUGUUGUAUAUAUGAAAAUAUUAUUCUCCUUCUUUCAUAUUAACAUGAUUGAUAUAACAGUUAUUUGGACGAAUUACAUCUUCUAUACUUAUGUAAUAAUUAAAAUAACCCAUAGUGUCAUUGAAUAAGAAAAAGAGAAUUCAGCGAAGAAAAUUUUCUUUUCGACGAAAACAUUUACUUAAGCUGUACAUUCGUAUAUAUAGUUAUAUGGAAAAUGUAUGUCUAUAGAAGGAUAGAAAGGGUUGUAUCACAAAAAAAUGGAUUCGACAAUAAAUAACAAAUGAGGUUAACGUACUAAUCAAGGGGUAAGGAAGAACAAAACUUAAGGGUCAGAUAAUAGUCCAAUUGACAGAUUGACAGAUAUGAAGAAAAACGACAAAACAACAAAGGUCAUAAUAAUAAACUGAAUGAUAAUCAAGAAAACUUGUAAAAGGUAAUAAUAAUAAAUGAUUAAAGUUUAAAGUGCAAAAUAGUAAUUUAAAAAUAUGGAUAAUAAUAAAAGUGCAUUAGGAAAGAAAAAAAAAACAACAACAACCUAGCAACAUACCCAUUAAGGCCAAGGAAGGAUAAGAGGCUGGACAAAUCGUUUCUGCACGCAAAGUUCAGGCUUUAGUUUGUGGAUUGCCAAUGCGGUGCAUAAAAUAUUGAUUCGAACCCCCUUCGAUCCAGUUCCUUUGACUCUGUAAACUAUUUUAAACGAAGAGUCUUUUGGAGCGAUAUGUCCACAGUUGAUUAAGUGCUCCUGUAUAGAACUCGUGAUUGUUUUUCGCUCCCCUUUCAAAAGCCAAGCCGGAUAAUGUUCCGAGAUGCGUUUGGAUAAUGAUCGCUUUGUGCGGCCUAUGUAACAUGCCCCACAUGAGCAAGUAAAUUUAUAGAUACACAUUGAAGUGGCCCAAAGCGAAAGUUUGUCCUUUGCAUACCCCAGAAUGGUAGGUCGGCUAGAGAAGAUGAUUCGAAGUUUAGCUGCGUGGAAUGUUUUAUUCAUUGAUUUCGAAAUCCGUUUAUUUAGGAUUUCAGCAGCUGUAUCUCCCUUAAAUUCCAUAUUCAUAAAUAGAGUUUUUUUUCUCUACUGUCAAUGCUUUAUCAUGGGGUCUAGGUACCAAGUUUCUAUCGAUGAAUCUCGGUGGAUAACCGUUUUUGAUGAGGGUCUGUCGAAGAUAAAAUAGUUCCCCAUCUAUUGUGUCGUUGGAACAAGUUCGCCUGAUCCUUGAGGAUAAAGAAUGAAUUAAGUUCCUUUUUCUAAUUAUGUAAUAUCUUAUAAAGUUUUUUACAUCAUGUCAGUAUAAUUUUCAGUAAUUUUUUCUACAUGUUUAUCUUAAUGUCGAG